AUGACUGCGAAACCCGACCACGCAUGGCUUGAAGCAAGACGUCGGGCUCUUGUGGGCUCGAUCCUCGCUCCUAGUGACAAGGACCAGUUCAUUGAAGCUUCCUUCGCGACGCAUUUUGGGCGUAAUGUUCCAGAGCCUGGAUUCUGGACUGCAUUCGACCAGGCGUGCAGUUUUGCAGCGGAUGGGGCCCCGUGGCACCAGUCCAGGCAACUGAUGCUCUCGUAUUCGCUCCCUCAACAGAUUAACGGAAAAGAUUUUCGGGUGCGAGGCGAGACGAUGAUGACGCUGGCUGCUACAUUUGGCCGCGCGAAGGUUGUGAGUAUUCUCUGCCAGGUCAAAGGUGACCCACGAAUUGAGAACGCGAAGGGGUGGUCGACAGUGCAUGUUGCUGCAGCGUACAACCAUGUCAAUGUCUUGGAGGCUCUUUUAAACCUUGGUGUGAGUAUGAAUGAAGCCGACUCCCGUAUGGGUUACACUCCACUUCACUUGGCUGCAUCCAUCGAUAAUGUCCAAGUGCUCAACUUGCUUCACGAGUCUAGAAAAGCUGAUUUCUGGAAGAAGGCGAAGAAUGGCUAUACAAUGCUCCACGUCGCUUCUACUCACGGGUCUGAAAAGUGUGUAAAAUUGCUAACAAAGACAUUCCCAGACAUGAAAUUCCACGACGACAGUGUCCUCAAAGAGAGUGCAGCCCAUAAAGCCGCGAAACACCUUCAUCCACACGUUUACAGCCACCUCACGUCGCUUGGAGCUCGAGACGAUCUCGAAAAUAUUGAGGUUUGUUAA